AUGCCCGAAGGGCUUCCGAUCGACUUUGAUCAGCCAUUGAACGGAACAAUGGCAGCAUACACCCAGCAGGUCGUCAUCUGCACUGGUCAGAGAGAUUGGGCCAGUCGCAUUGAGGAUGAUGGCAAGGACCAAAACUGGGGAGAGCUAGUGAGAGGCUUGAAGAAGCUGAUGGGCCGUGGUGGGCGCUAUGCAGAUCCGUUCAAUAACGUCUUGGUUUCGAACUCGUCCUUUCCUCCUUCGUCCUCCACUUCUACCGCCUCGGCCUUUCUCUUUCCCCGAUUCAAAUAUAUUGCCUCAAUCUCCACGAAUGUCUCCGAGGAGCAAAAUGCGCAGACAGGUCUCGCAACGUUUGUCCAAGCUUUCCUUCUCCCGGAACAGCUAAACCCAAUGCAAGAUUCCCUCCCCGAAUCUCAGCGGGCGGAAUUAACCCGCAAGCCGGAACUUGCGUCCAAUUUUCCAGACGCGAUCGACAUCCAGUACUCUCCUGUUGUAUUGAUAUGCGGUCAUGGUGGUCGUGACAUGCGCUGCGGAGUCAUGGCACCUGUCCUUGAAAAGGAGUUCAGCCACGUCUUGCGUGCGCGGGGUUUCUCGUCCGCCGGAGGGGACGGUAAUCCAAUUGACAGCCCUGAGCAUGCCCAUACUGGACUGAUCAGUCAUGUCGGUGGUCACAAGUACGCUGGAAAUGUGAUUGUGUACAUUCCUCCCGGGAUGAAGGCAGGUGGCUCCCCUCAUCCGCUGGCGGGUAAGGGUAUCUGGUAUGGACGUGUUGAACCCAAGCAUGUCCAGGGUAUUGUAGAUGAGACUAUAAUGAGCGGAAGAGUGGUACUCGAUCAUUUCCGGGGCGGGAUUGAUCGCAAUGGAAAUAUCCUGAGGGUAUAG